ACAGCAGCGUGCGAACAGGACUUUUAUUUUGGUGUGGUGCCGUGACGUCACAAGGCUGCGCCGCGCUCUGCGUCUGUUGUGAUUCGACUGAAGACAGGACAGAGUGUCCAAACACACAGGAAAACUCCUGCUGAAGUGACUGAGAUCCAUGUGACACACUAUUACAAAGAUGGCGUUUAUUAAAGAGGAGAGUGAAGACGUGAGGAUUGAAGAAACAUCCAGAGUCAACCAUGAAGAUACUGAGGAACAAACAAAGAUGAUGUUUAUUAAAGAGGAGAAUGAAAACAUUAAGAUUGAAGAAACAUCCAGAGUCAACCAUGAAGAUACUGAGGAACAAGCAAAGAUGAUGUUUAUUAAAGAGGAGAAUGAAAACAUUAAGAUUAAAAACGUAUUCAGCAUGAAACAAGAAGAUACUGAGACACAAACAAAGAUGGCAUUUAUAAAAGAGGAGAGUGAAAACAUGAGGAUUGGAGAUGUGUUCAGCAUCACAUAUGAAGAUACUGAGACACAAACAAAGAUGGCGUUUAUUAGAGAGGAGAAUGAAGACACGAAAAAUGAAGAAACAGUCAAACAUGAAGAUACUGAGACACAAAGAAAGAUGGCGUUUAUUAGAGAGGAGAAUGAAGACACGAAAAAUGAAGAAACAGUCAAACAUGAAGAUAAUGAGACACAAACAGACUGCCCGCUCUGCAAAUGCGCAUAUUCCCGGCUGAGCCAGCACCUUAGGCUGACCCACAGGGUGGUAAACCUUCAGGAAAGGAAGCUGCUUCUUGCCAUCUCCUCCGGGAGGGUGGACUUCCGCAAGGGUACCUGCCCCGUGCCCACCUGUGGCAAGUCCACUUCCCGUAUGGACCGCCACCUGAUGGGUCACACCGAGCUAACGGCGACAGCCCGGCAAGAGACCAUACAGGCUCUGAAGAGGAGGAAGAUCCUGCAUAACCUUUCUGAGCUGAGGGCGAGCAACCCGGUCGUGCCCAUGGCCUCGACCCUCGACCAGGAGGACUCUCGCAACCACACCUUAACUCUGGAGGAGGAGGACGAGGAGGAGCAGGCCUGUGACAACCCCAGCUGCCAAAAGCUCAGGAAUGAGGUGGCAGACCUCAACAGGCAGGUGGACACACUGAGCCAGGCCCUCAGAGACAUGACCCGCCGCUACAGCCUGUUGAGGAGGAAAUUGCGGCCCACCUCCUCUACCCAGGUCACUGGAAGAGUGCUGUUGUCUCUUCAAUCUCCUGAGAAGGGAGCAGAGGAGGAGGAAGGUGAGCCCCAUGCUGGGCCCUCGGGGGAACCGGCUGACCAGGGCCCCUAUGACCAGCCCCCUCCCCCCCGGAAACGGCGCCAUCUCAGCAAAAGGAGGAGCACCCCUUCCCCGACCAUGUGCCGGCUUUGAACAUUCUCCUCAAGGGCAAUCAACAGAGCACCGACGCCACUCUGAGACUGGUCAAUAAUGAAGCUUCAAAGAUGUUCUAUUUCUGCAACUACAUUGCUUACAUGGCGGAGGGGCAGACCGACCUGGCCAGCCUGGGCUUCCUGAACCAGACGUUGAGGAUGCGGCCCUGGCUCAACCAGGCCAAGAUCAUGGAGCUGAUGGUUUACUAUUACCCACAUGGCCGAGUUCCUGGCCUUCCUAUUGGAGACCCAUGGAGAACAUGGUGAUUUACUCUGGACUCUCCUAGACAAGCCCAUCAAUCUUCCAUCUGUUUCAAACCAAAAAUAUUUGGAUUAGGGCUGCACGAUAAUGUAAAAAACUCAUAUAGUGAGAUAUAUAUAUUUUUUAUUUUAUUUAUUUAUAUUUUUUUUGCGAUUUAUAUAUCGCGAAAUAAAAAAAAUAAAAAAACACCG